AUGUCUCAGGCGCAACUUAUCACCAAUUCCGGUCACGAUGACAUGAUUCAUGAUGCUGUAUUGGACUAUUAUGGACGACGACUGGCUACCUGUUCCUCAGACAAGACGAUUAAGAUCUUCGAAGUGGAGGGAGAGAAUCACAAGUUGACAGAAACACUGCGAGGACACGAGGGGGCAGUCUGGUGCGUCUCAUGGGCACACCCCAAGUACGGCUCCAUCCUCGCAUCCUCCUCUUACGAUGGCAAAGUCCUCAUCUGGCGCGAAUCACCCAACUCGCAAUGGACGAUUGUCGCCAACUUCGCUCUCCACACCGCCUCCGUAAACAUAGUCUCCUGGUCCCCUCAUGAAUCUGGCUGUCUACUAGCCUGCGCCUCUUCAGACGGGCAGGUAUCGGUCCUAGAAUUCCAAGAGGGAAAUUGGACACACCAAAUCUUCGCUGCGCAUGGACAAGGGGUCAAUGCUGUGAGUUGGGCGCCUGCUACCCAACCAGGAAGUCUGGUAUCGAGUAAGCCUGGGGUAGACGGCAAGGGAGCAGGAGGAGGGGUGAGGAGAUUCGUGACUGGGGGGAGUGAUGGGGUAGUCAAGAUCUGGGAGUACAGUACACAAGACAAAACCUACCUCCCCAUCAAAGAACUCGCCGGCCACACCGACUGGGUCCGGGACGUGGCCUGGGCACCCACAAUCCUCCAGAAAUCGUACAUAGCGUCCGCGGCGCAAGACAAGACGGUCAGGAUAUGGACAAGUGACCCCGCACACCCCAACGAUUGGAAACCGACGGUUCUAAACUUCGACGCUGUGUUAUGGAGGGUGAGCUGGAGCCUGAGUGGAAACGUGUUGGCGGUCAGUGGAGGCGAUAACAAGGUCAGCUUAUGGAAGGAGAACCUGAAGGGGGAGUGGGAUUGCGUCAAGUGGAUAGAAGAGUAG